ACAGCAAACAUGCUCGUCCUCGCCUUCCUCUACGCAGCCCUUUGCGGCCUCUUUGCCGUCAGCUCGGCACACAACAUCCAGCUGAAGGCUCACUCACGCGAGUGCUUCCACGAGGAGCUGCACUCGGACGACAGAAUGACCGUCACCUUCCAAGUCGGCGAUCGCGAGUUUGGUGGCAGCGGAAACCUCGAUAUUGACUUCUGGCGCUCCGUCAGCAGCGGCGACCACAGCUUCACUGCCCACAUGGAUGGACGUUACCUCUACUGCUUCAGCAACGAACACUGGUCGGCAAACACAAAGGAGGUCAGCUUCAACGUCCACGGCAUCGUCUAUGUUCCCGAGAGCGAGGCUCCUCAGGACCCCCUGGAGAAGGAAGUGCGCACUCUCGGUGAGAUGCUGGCACAGGUCAAGGAUGAGCAGGGUUACAUUGUCGUCCGCGAACGCACUCAUCGCAACACUGCCGAGAGCACAAACGCCAGAGUCAAGUGGUGGAGCAUCUUCCAGCUCGGUGUCUUGAUUGGCGAGGGCAUCUUCCAGGUCUGGUGGCUCAAGCGUUUCUUCGAGGUACGCUCAUAG